UUCACAAGGGGACUCAGUGGACUGCUCCUACAGCAGCAGCCACAGCAGAGGUACCACGCAGCGUGUGAGGCAGACCAGGAGUGUGUGUGGUCAGACGCUAGCAGAAGGAAACAGACGACUUCACUCAGCAGUUAGCAUAGGUAAUGGCUGCUUUUCCCUGAGAUCCCUCUGCCCUUUGGGCAGCUUUUUUCUCUAUAUUUUGGAGGAGGUGUGAGAGGAGGGGGGGGAUGCUGCUGCUGAACGUUGAAUGCAAAGCACUUGGCUGUGAUAGGCUGAAGGGACGGGGGGUACUCUGCCUAUAUAUACUGGCAGCUGCAUCCUCUGUGCUCUACAGCUGUCACAGAGGAGGAAGGAGAGGCAGUGAGAGACAGAGGGGAAGGAAAGACCUCAUCAACUCCCUGGUUUUUUCUGCCAAGUCCUAAGCUCUGAUACCUAUGGAUGCUGCAGAGUUCCGCAAGAGGGGGAAGGAGAUGGUGGACUAUGUUGCAGAUUACCUGGAGAAGAUAGAAAAAAGACAGGUCUUCCCAGAUGUGGAACCAGGAUAUUUGAGGACCCUCAUUCCAGACUGUGCACCACAGGAUCCUGAGAGCUUUGAGGAUGUCUUUAAAGACAUUGAGAAGAUCAUUAUGCCAGGGGUGACUCACUGGCACAGUCCCUACUUUUUUGCCUACUUCCCUGCAGCUAGUUCUUUCCCAGCUCUUCUUGCAGACAUGUUAUGUGGUGGAAUAGGAUGUGUGGGCUUCUCUUGGGCCGCAAGUCCAGCUUGCACAGAACUGGAGACUGUCAUGCUGGAUUGGUUAGGGAAGAUGAUCAGCCUGCCUGAAGAGUUUUUAGCUGGGAAGGAUGGGCAAGGUGGAGGAGUCAUUCAGGGAAGUGCUAGUGAGGCCACCCUUGUUGCACUGCUUGCUGCAAGAACAAAAACCAUCAGACGAGUGCAGUCAGAAAAGCCUGAGCUAACAGAGGCAGAGAUCAUGGGCAGGCUGGUGGCCUACGCUUCUGAUCAGGCUCAUUCAUCCGUGGAAAGGGCUGCACUGAUCAGUGGUGUGAAGAUGAAAAGUGUUCCGUCAGAUGAUACAUUUGCUGUUUGUGGUUCAGCCCUAAAGAAAUUACUGGAUGAAGACAAAGCUUCUGGUCUUAUCCCAUUCUUUUUUUGUGCAACACUUGGAACCACACCUUGCUGCUCCUUUGACAAACUGUUAGAACUGGGUCCUAUUUGUAAUAAGGAAAAUAUCUGGAUGCACAUUGAUGCAGCCUAUGCUGGGAGUGCAUUCAUCUGUCCUGAAUUCAGGCAUCUUUUAAAUGGAGUGGAGUUUGCAGAUUCAUUUAACUUCAAUCCCCACAAAUGGCUCCUAGUGAAUUUUGACUGCUCUGCUAUGUGGGUGAAAAAAAGAUCAGAUUUAAUUGGCGCUUUUAAAUUAGAACCUCUUUACCUGCAGCAUCACCACCAGGAGUCUGGUCUUGUAACAGAUUACCGGCACUGGCAGAUCCCCCUGGGGAGGAGGUUCCGCUCCCUGAAGCUCUGGUUUGUGCUGAGGAUGUAUGGCGUCACGGGACUGCAGGAACACAUCCGCAAGCAUGUCAGGCUGUCGCACCAAUUUGAACAUUUAGUCCUCCAGGAUGAAAGAUUUGAGAUCUGCGCUGAGGUUGUCUUGGGACUAGUCUGCUUUCGACUGAAGGGCUCAAAUGAACUAAAUAAGGCACUUCUUAAAAGCAUAAAUGAGGCCAAGAAGAUUCAUCUGGUCCCAUGCCACCUGCGAGAAAAGUUUGUGCUACGCUUUGCUAUUUGUUCCCGCACGGUGGAGUCCACCCACGUCAAGUUUGCCUGGCAGCACAUCUCACAGCUGGCGACCGAGCUCCUGAAAACAUGGGAACAAAACCAUCACCAGCAGUAACAGUGGUGAGGUAGCAGCAGGGAGGAGGUAAUUAGCUGGCUUUCUCUGUGUUGCCAAGUUUAAUUUUAGGGGCAGGUGGGAAAGUCAAGUUAUGAGGGGGAAAAAAAAUCAAAAGCUGUUGCUACAUAGCCCAGCUGCAGUAGCAAAACGCUUGCCAGCAAGUUGCGUUGUAACCUUAGUGAUUCAUUCUCUGCACUGUAUUCUCAUGCACUGCAUUCUCAUCUUGCCUGUUUCCAGAAGGGACAUAUCCAUGGCGUCUCGAGCUGUCGUUUCUUUCCUGUUAGUUAUCGAGAACAUUUAUUGAUCCCGGCAGUGGAAACAGAGGGUUAGUAUUCCCUCUGUUGCUGACAUGAAGCCCCCAGCACACAAACUUCAUUCUCCAUAGAUGACAAUGUGAGGUGUUAUAACCAAAUAAUUUAACAUUAUAAUGACUUCGGAAGAAAACAGGUUGUAGGAAGCUUAGUAACCUGGUUAUAACACUGUUUGGGUCCUAUCUAAGCAGACAAGCACAAAUGUAAUGAGCUGGGUCAGUAGCAUGCCAUGACACGCUUGCUGCUGUAUUUUUGUAAAUGAAGUUAGAACUUCAAGACUCCUUUCAUUAUACAGCCAAACUGGGGGAGUGAAUGCGCACUGCCCUUAUGGCAGGUUCUCUCUCCUUAAAAGAUUCCUUUUAAGACAGUGAUUUUGUCAAAUUUCAGCAAAUAGUUUAUGCUGCUUAUUGGUUUUCACUUCAGUCAUCCAUAUUGACGCUCCUUCUUCAGAGUUCUGCCAAAAUCCAUGUGCUACCUGAUGUUCUGUAUUUUCAACAGAGCUAUUAUAAGCAGUAACUACUUGAAAAUAAUCUGUAAGCUAUGUUGUGUGAAACAGAGUUGUGAUCUUUUUAUGGCUAUCACUCCGCUUAUUUCAUUGUUUAAUAAAGAAUUAUUUGUCAAAAUGAAAUGUCUACCAGGAACAGCUGGCUUGGCAUGCAGGCUGCUCCUGGCCACAUUUUGUCCCUGUGACAUCCUGAGCGGGGGGGAGCAGAGGGAGGUGUUGGUCUCUGCUCCCUGGCCACCUGUAGCAGGAUGCACAGAACAGCACAAAGCUGCACCAAGGGAGAGUCAGAUUGGACAUGAGGAAGAAUUUCUUUGCUGUGAGGGUGGUCAAAUACUGGAACAGGCUUCCUAGAGAAGUGGGUGACGCCCCAUGCCUGUCAGUGUUCAGUGGCAUUUGCACAAUGCCCCCAGUAACAUGCUUUAAUUUUCGGUGAGCCCUGAAGCGAUCAGACUGUUGGCCUAUUACAUGAUAUCUGAAAGUCCUUUCCACCUGACCUAUUCUAAUUCUAAUACCCACGGAACUGCAUUUCCUCAUGGGCGGCACAAUACAGAAAUCUGAAUGUCACAGUUCUGUUUUUUUCUGAAAUCUGGGGAUGAUUUGAAGCUGCGGUCAGUGAAGGCCUUUUUAGCAGUCUCCCACUGCCUCUUUCAUCUGUGUGAUAAUUGCUUUGCAGAACAUUAAUGUUAAGUCAUCUGAAAAAAAAAAUAAACUCUGGGCUAUGUAAUCAACUCAAGAACAAAAUUGUUAAAAAGAAUAUUUUUGAAAGGACCUUUCUGCUGUUUCUGUUCUGUAGCUUUGCAACGUAUUUGUAAGUGAAAUGACUUUUGAUGGGGGAAACACUGUAUUUAUGAAUAGUUAAUAUGUGAACCUUUAUCUAUGCGCCUUGUGUUCAAAAGCAAAUGCAGUCUGUGCUGAUUGAUGCUGUUAAAAAGAAUGACAAAAUCUCAGAAAUGCACUUUAGUAGAAUACCCACCUCUCAAAGAAUGCAGUGCAGCUACUGGAGAAGAAGGGAAAAAAGUAACUUUUCAGUAACCAAGUAGAUUUAAAAAAAAAAAAAAAAACACGAGUGGAAGGCUACAACACUUACACUCUUAAUCAUGGCAGAUUAUAUUUUAUUACUGAUGGCGAAAUACUGAAAAUAUGUAUUUAUGAAAGGUAUUGCUCAUAUGCUUAGCACAAGAGGUAGUGGCCUUACGUUGCUCAGGGAGGUGAUGGAGUCACUGUCCCUGGACGUGUUCAAGAAUCAUGUAGAUAUGGCACUGAGGGACAUGGUUAGUGGGCACGGUGGGGAUGGGCUGGCGGUUGAACUUGAUGAUCUUAGGUGGUCUUUUCCAACCUUACUGAUUCCAUGAUUCUCUGUGAAACCCUAACCCAGACUGCACUGGAAUUGUUAAAUGUCUAGUUUCCUCUUCCCUCUACAUAUCAGAUUCUGCCUGUGGUUGGUUGUCGCUGUUGUCACUGUGUCCAUCAAAUAACCACAGGGUGGGUGGUAUGUGAAUGACAUCUGUGGAGACCGUGUAACCUAACUGGAAAAGUAACCUGAUGUUUGGUGCUUUUUGUGAACCGUACAGUUCCUUUAAAAUCUCUGUCCAAAUCUGUCAAACCGACGUGUAUGUUUUAUGAGCAGCACUAAUAAAUGAAAAGAAAAACACA